AUGGAGGCCGCCGCUGGUGUCGCCGCCUCUCGUGGGGGCUCUCUGCCGAUGAGUUCGUCGUCGAGGAAGGAGUGGCGUGCGGUGUCGGACCAUCAUUCUGCUCGAAACCCCAGCGACGAGGUGCAGCAUGGGAGAGGGCCAGUUGGUGUGGAUUUCUGCUCUAUUAAUGUCGAUGGGAGUUUGGACAAUGACAUUUUACUUCAGCGGGUUCAUUCCUUAGCUACACAAAGGGAAGAAUUGCAACAAAUGGAAAUUGAGUUAAGAGCACAGAUGAUUGCUAGAUCGGAGAUAUUGGAGAUACAAAAUAGCUUUGAUACUCAAAUCAAAGAACGUGAAGAUUCUGCUGCGAAGCUUCAGGAAAAACUCCGUGAGAGAGAGCAGGCAAUUCAUGACCUUGAAAGAAGAAUUGAAGAGACAGACAGGGAGCUACAUGCUGUGAAAUUGGAUAAUGAAGCGGCAUGGGCUAAAGAGGACCUUCUCCGAGAGCAAAACAAAGAGCUUGCUACUUUUAGAAGGGAGCGUGAUCACACUGAGGCUGAACGUGCACAGCACAUGCAGCAAAUACAUGAGUUUCAAGAACACAUCCAGGAUAAAGAGAGACAGAUUCUUGAGUUGCAAGAACAGCAUAGGGUUGAUCAGGAGACUAUCUACCUGAAGGACGAACAACUGAAAGUUUGGAUUGCACGUGUUCAGGAGAUGGAUGCCUUGCAAUCUAAUUUACAGGCUGAACUGCGUGAACGGAUUGAUCAAUAUAAUCAGCUGUGGCUUGGAUGUCAAAGACAGUUUGUAGAAAUGGAGAGACUUCAUGUACAUACCAUACAACAGCUGCAGAUGGAGCUGGCUGAUAGGACUGGAUCCUAUCUUGAUGAGUCUCGGUUUUCUCAGACAAAUUCAAAAGACUCGACUAAGUUUGGUCAGACUUCUGGAAACCAACUAGAUGUAAAUGGAAGUGGCACAUCAAAUGCUAAUAAUGGGGCACAUUCGAAUGGGAGUGCUGAUAGUGUCUCAUCAUUUGCUUCCUCUGGAAAUGCUGCAAAUCAGACCAACCAUGUUGCUGGCAUGUCGUUAUCUCCAUCAUCUUUAAUGGGAAUGCCGACCUACAUUCCACCUGGACAGAUGACAGCGCUACAUCCCUUCAUUCUGCAUCAACAGGGGAUUCCUCAUUCAAUGCCAUCACAUGUUCAUCCGUCUCAAGUGGGACAUUUUCACUCAGUACCAGCAAUGUCAUCCCUCCCACAGUGGCAGACUCAGCAGGCUGCCUCCGAAGCAUCACAAGUGUCUACACAGAAUCAACUCACACCAUCUCAAAGUGAGCAGAACCUUGAUAGACCUGAAACAAAAUAUUAUGAUAUGUCUGUUAAUGGACAAGGUUAUCGGUCAGAUUAUCUAGAUGUUCAUAGAAAUCAAGCGGCUCAGGCUGAUUCGGUGAUCUCAUCAUCCAUUGUUGACCAACAGGUUCUUGAGUCUAUUGAUAGAAGUUAUGUGGUUGCGAAUCAGCCGGAUCAAAACCUACAACAUAUUUCUGCUCAAUUUAGUGAAGCAUUACGGUUAAACUCUCUUGAGCAGAAAGUUGAACUGCAGGAACAAAAUCUCAUUAGCUUGACCAAUGAUGGAUUAGAGAGGGCGGUUUUGUCUGAAGAACAAGAGAGUUCUGUUGUUGAUGUCUCACUUCCUGAAGCCUCGGUUCAAUCGGCUAGGCUCACUGAAGAAGUCAUCAAUAAUGGGGCUGGUACAACUGUCCCUGAAGCUUUUAUCUCAACCGAUCAGGCCAAUAUUGUGACUGCCGCAAAGGCGUUGGAGCCUCCCCUUAUUGACGAAAGAUCUUUAUUGGCAUGCAUAGUUCGCACAAUUCCUGCUGGUGGUAGAAUUCGCAUAAACUCAACGCUACCAAAUAGGUUAGGAAAGAUGCUUGCACCUCUACAUUGGCACGACUACAAGAAAAAGUAUGGGAAGCUAGAUGACUUUGUGGCUGGUCAUCCAGAGCUGUUCUUGAUCGAGGGAGACUACAUUCAGCUAAGAGAAGGGGCACAAGAGAUGAUAGCUGCUACAGCUGCAGUUGCUAAAGUAGCUGCUGCCGCUGCAUCCUCCACUCCUUACUCAUCUUUCUUGCCUACCAUGUCCCUAACCCCAAUGGCACAGUCUCACCGGGCCAAAAAGUUACCUUCUACAGACACCAACCACCUAAAUGGUGUUAGUUUUGGUGUCCCUGGUGGCAUGUCAAACGUGAAGAUACUAAGCAAAUCGAAGGAUAAUACUCGGGAUAUGAAUGUGGGAGCUAAUGUGGGCGGCAGUGGUCAGAGCAAGGUUUCAACUCAUGUUAAGCCUAAUUCCAGUUUUGUGGGGAAUCAGCAGGGAAGGGUCGCUGGAAAUGUGCCAACUUCUAGAAGAUAG